AUGUCCACGAAUGAAUUUGACGAAAACACAAUAUCGUUUUACAUCAAUGAGCCACCAAUCAAUCAAGAUAUUGAAAUUUUCUUCGCUAACUACGCAUCCAUUUCGCCCUCAGCACUGCGUGAUCAUUUGGUUUCUGUGCGUGAAGCUGCCUGGCAAAGACACAACUAUUCGCAUCUUGGUCGUUGGCGUUUUCUUGACUUUUCUAUUAAACAAAAUCCAAUUUAUGAGGAAAUACUUAAACAAUGUAAAAACAAAGGUGCAACUGUGAUCGAUUUCGGAUGUUGUCUUGGUCAAGACAUAAGGCAACUUAUCUAUGAUGGCGUACCACUUGAUCGAAUUCGUGGUUAUGAAUUGGAUCCCUUCUUCAUCGAACAAGGUUAUGAGUUGUUUCGCGAUGGUGAAUUGAUGAAAGCCAACAAGAUAUUUACUAUGGGUGACAUAUUUGACGAUCAAUUUUUGAAAACGAUCGAGGCAGCUGACUACCUCUACGCUGGUUCAUUCCUUCAUCUUUUCGAUGCCGAGACCCAAAAGGAUGUUUGUCGACGACUUUCUCGUUUAGCCAAACGAGCUAUCGCUGGCCGACAGCUGAAUUCUAUUCGUGAACAAUCAGUAUCAGAAUUUCAAUGUAUUGUUAUAUCAUUAAAAGAACAAUUUUAUUCACAUGCUGAUGCACUUGUUGGCAUUUAUCCUGAACCCGGCGAUUGUAUAACUAGUCAUUGUCUUACAUUAGAUUUAAAUCAACUUGAUGAACGAGAAAAUAUUGCAAAUACUCGUAGCUGA